AACCCACAUGACUAUUGAGUGAGUGCCGUAACUGUGACGUUUGUUCCGCAAAGCAAAAAGCAAAAUAGAAAUUAGCACAAGUUUGAAAAACAGAGGUCCAGAGAAGUCCAACACAAGUCCAAGCGUAUAUUAUAUUUGUGAUUGAGCUAACAGAUCCCACCAUACCAUUGUUGAUUGCUUGCGAGUAGAGUAAUUGUUUGUUGAAGGAGAAAUGGCAAGGAGAGCAGACGAAGAGUACGAUUACUUGUUCAAAAUUGUGUUAAUCGGAGAUUCUGGAGUUGGAAAAUCCAAUUUACUCUCCAGAUUCACUAGAAAUGAGUUCUGUUUGGAGUCUAAAUCUACUAUCGGCGUUGAAUUUGCUACUCGUACUCUCAAGGUAGAGGGAAGGACCAUUAAGUCUCAGAUCUGGGACACGGCUGGACAGGAGAGAUAUAGAGCCAUUACGAGUGCAUACUAUAGGGGUGCUCUUGGUGCUCUUCUGGUAUAUGAUGUUACAAAACCUAUUUCCUUUGAAAAUGUGAGCCGGUGGUUAAAGGAACUGAGGGAUCAUGCAGACUCCAAUAUUGUAAUUAUGCUGAUUGGAAACAAGACAGAUCUGAAGCAUCUGCGAGCAGUUGCUACAGAGGAUGCUCAAAGCUAUGCUGAAAGAGAAGGGCUUUCUUUCAUAGAAACAUCAGCGUUGGAGGCAACAAAUGUUGAGAAGGCUUUCCAGAUGAAUCUUUCAGAAAUUUAUCGGAUAAUCAGUAAGAAAUCACUCUCUUCAGGAAAUCCUGCACCUGCUAACAUUAAAGAAGGGAAGACUCUUGUUGUUGGUGCAGAGGAGAUAAACACCAAGAAAGCUUGUUGCUCUGCAUCUUAAUGAUUCCUCGCUUGCUGUUUGAUUCCUUAUUUUCAAUCGAUUGCUUUUAUUAUUCUAUUAAUUUUGAACUUAUUUGUUUUAUAUUUCUAUCAAUUGUCUUGAUCCUUCUGUUAUAAUUAUUGUAAUUAAAUUUAGACUUGUUCUUGAUUUAUUCUAUGUGUUUCAGGUUAUCCUUCCCGUA